GGUUGUUGUUGAGAAUGUGAAUUUUAUCUAGAAACAUCGUUGGGAUAUUGUUUCUUUACUAACCAAAUGAGUCUCACGUCUAUUUAUCCCAUGAAGAAGAAACGGAAGCUUACAAAAGAUAAAACACCAGUCAGGAAGACUUCACGGAAUCGGGAUGCGGAUUGUUCAAUGGCGGCAUCAAUGCUAGGCACACCAAGUCCAAACAACUCAAGUGUUGAUGUCGACAAAGACAUCAUUUGGGACAACUGUUCCCCAACUCAACACAUACCGAUGAGGCUAAGAAACAAAGGAUUAUCAGAUGCAUCGGAUAUAGCUCAAUUUAUGAAGUUAAUUCCAGCAGAGAAAGCUGUAAAUGUUGAACUUCCACCUCUCCUGGGACUGUGGAUGGAACGAGGUCAUGAACUCAUUACCGAGAAUCUUGAAUCAUCUAGUAGACAACCCAAAGCAAAGGGAAGAAAAAGCAGAAGUAAAGUUGGUCAUCUUAAGUCAGAUGUGUUUUCCUCCGAGCUCUGUAAGUUGGCUAAGUUAAUGGAAAGCAAACAAGAAAGCCCAGUAGCCACAGCUUGCCAUACAGCGACGUAA